UUGCAUUGCUUAUAAUAUUGGUCCCUGAUUGUUUUUCCUGCUAUCAUACUUGCUAAUUAAAUCUCAAAUAUAAUAUUUUUGUUCAAUAAUUGUAAUGCGUGUUUAAUGAUCACGUCUUUCCAUUGGGGAAGACAUUUUUUGUGUACAGUUGAUAAUGGGAAAAUGCUUUUCAUAUAGGGAAUGACAAGAUUGCUGAUGGUGUUAUGAGCUCACAACAUUCGUAUAUCCACCCAUGUCCAACACUGGUUUGUUAGCUGAUCAAAUAAUUUACAUGCAACUUAAUUCUCAAAUUUAUGAGGGUGCCAUGAGUUUUUUCGGGAUAUUCUGUGGUUAAAUUCAUGAAUGCCUACAAACAAAUUUUUGUCUGGUUUCGUAUAGUCAUAUAAUUAUGUCAGCAAACAAAAGUUUGUUUAUUAUUUAUUUGUUUUUUUGGGGAUAGGAUCAUAGGAUUCAUGUUUUAGCUCAUGAAUUUUUUUUAAAAACUCUUCUAAAUUCCUGUAUUCUUAUCAUAUACUGUGUUGAGUUGGGAUUCUUGUAUUACCUUUCAUCGUUUGCUAUUGACAGCUGUGGGGCCAUGACACAUAGCGCUAAGUCCUGCAUGGAGAGGCCUAGAAAGAAGGGAGCAAAGUGGACAAAUUUGCACAUUGCACCUGAUGAAAAGAUAGAGAUGUUUGAGCUGGAUUAUGAUGGAAAACGGGAUAGAUGGAAUGGUUUUGAUGCAGCAACUUAUGCUCGUGUCAUUGAGAGAUACGAAGCAAGGGAUGAGGCUAGAAGGAAAUACCUGAAGGAGCAGCAGCUGAAAAAGUUGGAGGAGAAAAAUAAUAAGCAGAACGGGGAGGGGGAGGUUAGUGAUGAUGAUGAGGAUAAUGAUGCUCUGAAGGUUGAUGAGGCCAAGGUUGAUGAAAGCAAACAAAUGGAUUUUGCAAAGGUUGAGAAGCGUGUUCGAACAACUGGUGGUGGAAGCACUGGAACUGUCAGAAAUUUGCGUAUUCGGGAGGACACAGCUAAAUAUCUUUUAAACCUUGAUGUCAAUUCUGCUUAUUAUGAUCCUAAAACCCGAUCCAUGCGUGAAGAUCCUCUUCCUGAUGCUGACCUGAAUGAGAAGUUUUAUGGAGGAGAUAACCAAUACAGAGUUAGUGGGCAAGCUCUAGAGUUCAAGACGCUUAAUAUUCAUGCAUGGGAGGCAUUUGAAAAAGGACAAGACAUCCACAUGCAAGCUGCUCCAUCUCAAGCAGAAUUGCUGUAUAAAAACUAUAAGGUCAUUAAGGACAAAUUGAAGUCACGAAUGAAAGAUGCCAUCAUGGAGAAGUAUGGCAAUGCUGCAACUGAAGAAGUACUUCCCAAGGAGCUUCUUUUGGGACAAAGUGAGAAACAAGUUGAAUAUGAUCGUGCCGGCAGAGUUGUAAAGGGCAUGGAGACUUCCCUUCCCAAAAGCAAGUAUGAAGAGGAUGUUUACAUCAAUAACCACACAAGUGUUUGGGGAUCAUGGUGGAAGGGUCACCAAUGGGGAUACAAGUGUUGUAAGCAAACAAUUCGGAACAGUUACUGCACCGGUGCAGCUGGAAUUGAGGCCGCUGAGGAAGCAGCAGACCUUAUGAAGGCGAAUAUUGCCCGCAAAGCAGCCUCAGAAGAGACGCCUGCUCCAACAGAAGAGAAAAGGCUUGCUACUUGGGGAACAGAUAUACCUGAAGAUUUGGUUCUUGACCAGAAAAAACUUGAUGAUGCUCUUAAGAAGGAGGAUAAGAGAAGAAAGGAAGAGAAGGAUGAAAGAAAGCGAAAAUAUAAUGUUAAAUGGGAUGAUGAGGUUACUCCUGAGGAGAUGGAGGCAUAUCGGAUGAAAAAGAUACAUAACGAUGAUCCCAUGAAAGAUUUUCUGCACUAAGUGUCAACUGGGUUUGCCUUUCUUCUGGAUACUGUAAGCUCGAAUAACUUAAGUAGCAUUUUUAUUGGUUAAGCUUGGAGAAACAUUUGCAGAAACCUGCUGUUGUCUCAGCUCUUUGGACCUUGCUGUUUUGUGUACAUCCAUAGAACAAGGAAAUCAUACAAGGAAAAAAAGAGAGAUUAACUGUACUCUUUCUCAUGGAUAUUGGGGAUUGGGAAUUGGGAUUGAGUUCUUUCAAUGUUCAUAGUGAUGCCAAUUGCUUCUAAAUA